UUUCCAUCUUUCUUUUCUUCGAAUUGUUGAACCCUGUUGAUUGCUUCCGUGCUCGCUGUGGUAGUUGUUGAUUUGUAUAUAUAUACUGCUGCCUCAUUUUCGAGUUUGUACCUGUGAUUGAUUCUCUGCGUGUGUCCCGAAGCGACUGGGCCCAUCUACUUCUCUGAUCUCUUAUCUACACCUACUAUUCCAUACCCACCACCUACCGAUCAGCGCUUUCAAGACAGAGCCGACAACGAUGGCAGAAGAAUCGCAACCCAAGCCAUUCAAGCCGCUUUUCCCACAUCAGCCCGCGGCCACUGCCAGCUCCUCGACCGACUCCAAGAAAGACGAUGACUCGACGACCAAACUAGCCAACGGCCUUGUCCUGGACAAAGAUGGGAAACCAUGCCGACUCUGCACCUCCGCCGCAUCCUGGCGCGCCAUGACCAAGCAAGCCAAAGCCCCCGCAGCGGCCGCUUCAACCACGACCUCAACCAACGACUCCGUCGCAAAACCACCCACUUCCUCCGAAUCAAAGCCGACAUCCCUCCCCGCCCCAACGCAGAACGAAUGCCCACCAGACGUCGAGAAGCUCGGUCGGUCGACCUGGACGCUCCUCCACUCCAUGACGGCGACGUAUCCGACGAAAGCGACGCCGGAGCAGCAGACGGAGAUGCGCUCGUUCCUGAAACUCUUCUCGCGUCUGUAUCCGUGCUGGGUGUGCGCGGACGAUUUCCGCACGUGGAUGGCCGAGCCGAGUGGGAAGAAUGAGCCGCGGUUAGGCGGCCGGUCGGAUUUCGGGACGUGGAUGUGUGAGGCGCAUAAUGAGGUGAAUCGGAAGCUGGGGAAGAAGGAGUUUGAUUGUCGGUUCUGGGAGGAGCGGUGGAGGACCGGCUGGAAGGAUGGCAGAUGUGAUUGAGACUCUGCGUGCUCGUUGGGGAAUGCGAACUGUUGUCAAGGCAUUCCAUUCUGUAUGAUAUUGUACGAUGACAUUUUAGAUAGACACGGAACACUCCUAUGUAUAAUUACUGUGAAAUAGAUCAU